UUUAGUUAUUGGCUUUGUGGGGGAGAGACCACUAUGCACGUAGGAGUGGAACCUCUCUAUAUUUGAAGUGUUUAAAUAGGUGUUUGCAUCCAUGUAAUGGGAGGACAAAAAAUAUAUGAAAAUCGUCUCUUCUUCUAUUCUUAUUUACUAGUCUUCUUUUUGGCUUAUUCUUAAUUCAAUUGCUCCUGAGCUUAUCGAUUGGUAUCAGAGCCGAUGGAUACACGAAGGAAAACCAAUUCUGAGUUUCGGAAAGAAGUUAACGAAGCACUGGGCCGACACGAAUCUCUGCUGGAUCAACUCACUGCAGCCCUACAAUCAGUGACGGUAGAAUUGCAGGCUGUGAAUCGACGCCUAAAUCAAGAUUCGCCAGCCAUGGAUAUCAACCCCUUUGCAAACGGAGAAACUAGUCGUCUCAACCCACCACCACAUGAUCCAAAAGUGGUGCUUCCAAAAUUUACAGGUGGUGACCCUACCGGGUGGUUAUACCAAGUGGAGUAGUAUUUUGAGUUCUAUGGUGUGACCCCCGAUCGACAGCUUGGCUUAGCCGCCAUGAAUUUAGAAGGAUUGGCACUGCAAUGGUUUCGUUGGAUGACUAAGCGCCGAGGCCCAAUUUCUUGGGCGGAGUUUGUGAGAUCCUUGCGGGUGCGCUUCGGGCCAAUAGAAUACGAAGAUCCAUCUGAGGCCCUUUCUCAUCUCAAACAUACCACAGUUGUUGCUGCUUACGAGGAAUCCUUUGAGCAACUGAGCCAUUAGAUCGACGACCUUCCUGAGCCAUUUGUGAUUGGCUAUUUUGUUGGUGGACUUAAGGAUGAAAUUUGGCUCGACGUAAAGACAAAAAAACCAUGAACUUUAGAGGAUGCCUUUGGCCUGGCACGCCUGAUAGAAAAAAAAUUGCAGCUAACUACCCGGAAUUUCGACCAUUCUGGUGCUGCCAAGUCUAACAUUGCUGCGGGAGUACCCGGUCCACCACCAAAACUGGAGCCAAACAAAAAUUCCACGGCCAUCAAGCGAUUACCAUGGGAUGAAAUGCAACGCUGGCGGCAGCUACGACUUUGUUUUUCGUGCAGCGAGUCAUUCACCCCAGGACACCGUUGUAAACAACCACAAAUCCUUUUGUUACAAGAAGGAGAAGCAGCACUAGAGGAGGAGGAAGUUUUUCAAGAGGACGGCCCACCUGAAAUUUCAUUACAUGCCUUAACGGUUUGGACGGAUCACCAGACUCUGCGGCUUAAGGCUACUAUUGGGAAAAAGGAACUGAUUAUUCUAGUUGACAGCGGCUCCACACACAACUUUCGCUGAAACUCUCCAAUUAGCAUUUUCCCCCAUGCAACCAUUUCACGUGAGGGUUGCUAAUGGGGCUCCCCUCAAAUGCCGGGGUCGUUUUGAUAGGGUGCCGCUACAGAUACAUGAUGUAGCCUUUGAGGUCACGUUCUUUUCCAUACCGUUGGUUGGUGUUGAUGCAGUUUUGGGCGUCCAAUGGUUGGAACAACUUGGUGUUGUGGUUAAUGAUUGGAAGAACAAGACAAUGUCUUUCACCUGGAACCAACAAACACAUACUGUGAGAGGAAUAAGUAGCAACCAAACACAUUUGAUGGCUAUGCACUGUGACGAGCUACUGGAAGAAGACGUUUGCUUCCUUCUGAGCGUUUUAGCCCUAGAGGAUGGUGGACAGAUUGCUACCGAUAUGUGGAAUUUGAUACAAGAGCAUGCUUAUUUAUUCCAAGAACCUGCACAGUUACCCCCCGAACGUAACGUCGAGCACCAGAUUACACUAAAAGCUGAUGUGGGACCUGUUAACGUACGACCAUACCGGUAUGCUCAUUAUCAGAAAAAUGAGAUUGAGGAGCAAGUAAAAGAAAUGCUCAACAAAGGUAUUAUUCGUCCAAGCACAAGUCCCUAUUCGUCCCCAGUUUUACUAGUGAAGAAGAAAGAUGGGUAAUGGCGGUUUUGCACCAAUUAUAGAGCACUCAAUGCCUGCACUAUAAAGGACUGUUUUCUGACACCCACCGGUGACAAUACACUGGACGAAUUACAUGGCGCCAAAUGUUUUACCCGUAUUAACCUCCGUUCUGGCUACCACCAAGUACGCAUGUGUUCCAAGGAUAUAGAAAAAACAGCUUUUCGGACACACAAUGGGCAUUAUGAAUAUUUGGUCAUGCCGUUUGGCUUAUGCAACGCACCAUCCACUUUCCAAGCUCUCUUGAAUGAUGUGUUUAGGCCGUAUUUGCGCAAAUUUAUUCUAGUUUUCUUUGAUGAUAUUUUGAUAUAUAGCCCAACAUGGGAAGCUCAUUUGGAACAUGUUAAAAUAGCUUUUCAGGUGCUCCAACAACAUAAGUUCUAUCUCAAGUUUUCAAAUGUGCUUUUGGGCUUCCUGGGUUACUCUACUUAGGCCAUCUCAUCACAGCGGAAGGAGUAAAGGUUAAUCCUGCAAAAGUCACGCCAAUGCUUGAGUGGCCCACACCGAUGACCAAAACUGAAUUAUGGGGAUUCCUGGGCUUAACCGGCUACUACCGCAAGUUUGUACGCCAUUAUGGACUCAUUGCCAAGCCCUUAACUGACUUGCUGAAGAAGGGCAGGUUUGUGUGGUCUCCAAAUGCCACACUUGCGUUUCAGGGUCUUAAGCAAACCAUGACUUCUACUUCAACAUCGACUAUGCCAUAUUUUCAGCAGACCUUUGUAGUGGAAACAGACGCAUGCUACCAUGAGCAAAGCAUUAGGUGUUAACAAGCUCUCAUGGUCCAUUUAUGCCAAGGAAAUGCUCGCCAUCCUCCAGGCGGUACACCUUUGUCGACCUUAUUUGCUAGGUCGUCGUUUUUACAUCCUUACUGAUCAGAAGAGUUUGAAACACCUCCUUGAGCAACGUAUUGGGACUCCAGAACAACAGUAAUGGGUAGCAAAGCUUCAUGGAUAUGAUUAUGAGAUUCGGUUUCAUACAAGGAGCUCUAACAAAGUAGCUGAUGCUAUAUCUCGUCGACACCAUGAGCACCAACCGAGUUUGCUCUCUAUUACGACGAUCCAUGCUACCAUAUGGGACGACAUCGCAGCAGAAACAUAAAGCCAUCCAGACAUAUUAGCCUUAAAACAUAAGGCUGAACAACAUCCCAGUGGGCCAUACACGAUACGUAAUGGACUGAUCUGUUACAAAGGUCGUGUCAUGUUAUCACCAAAGUCCCAGUUAAUUCCCAAUUUGUUGCUUGAUUUUCACAGCACACCGACUGGCGGUCACUCUGGGGCUCUUCGUACAUAUAAGCGUAUCUCAUGUGGCUUCUACUGGCCAUAUAUGCACAAAUUCGUUGAGCAAUUUGUUGCUGCAUGUGAUGUCUGCCAGAGGGCUAAAAGCUCUUCCCUCCAACCAGCCGGGUUACUUCACCCGCUACCCAUUCCGGAACAAGUUUGGAAAGAUGUUUCAAUGGACUUCAAUAACGGUCUGCCCACAUCGCAAGGAAAGUCCACCAUCUUAGUGGUCGUUGAUCGCUUAAGCAAAUACGGCCAUUUUCUUGCUCUUCGACAUCCAUUUACUGCUAAAAGCGUAGUUGAGAUCUUCUUGGAUGGCGUAGUCAAACAUCAUGGGAUCCCGAAAUCAAUCGUCUCUGAUCGUGACCCGGUAUUUACCAGUCAGUUUUGGACUGCCUUGUUCACUGCUUUGGGAACCACUCGCAAGAUGUCUACUACUAAUCACCCUCAAACCGACGGACAGACUGAAGUCAUCAAUCGCUGCUUGGAACAAUAUUUGCGCUGCUUUGUUCACAACCAUCCACGCAGAUGGACUUCCUUUUUGCCUUGGGCUGAGUUUUGGUACAAUACAACUUUUCAUUGCUCUACCGGGAUGACCCCCUUCUAUGCACUAUAUGGGCGACAUCCCCCACCUAUUUCGCGGUAUUCAGGCAGCUCUUCUCCAGUGGAGGCCGUUGAUCAAUGUUUAGUGGGCAGAGAUCAGAUCCUUUUUCUCAGCUCUGUACGCCGUUGUCUGCGUCCAUUAAUCACGUGAAGCAAAUGGCAGACAAGGGUCGUAGGGAUGUUUUCUUUGAGGUGGGUGACAAGGUCUAUUUAAAGUUACGACCUUAUCAACAACAUUCUGUUUUCCAUAGACCCACUCAAAAGUUGAGUGCUCUUUAUUAUGGGACAUACACAAUCUCAGCCAAGGUGGGAUCAGUUGCUUAUCGCCUUGACUUACCACCACAUUCGAAAUACACCCAGUUUUUCACGCAAACAUAUCGGGGAGAGUUCGUGUUCUUCUACCCUGCCUCCUGCACUCACCGCACCAGGGGAUGUACCGCAACCAGAAUGUGUAUUAGGCAGGCGCACUAUUUCUCGGGGCCAUGUUCCAUGCGAUCAAGUGUUACUCAAAUGGUUCCAUCUACCACCAGAGGAUGCCACCUGGAAAGAUGUUGCUUUUGUGCGUGAACAGGUCUCUGCUUUCGACCUUGGGGACAAGGCCGCUAUUUCAGGAGGGGGUAUUGAUAGGACCAGUGGACGUACAAGGAAAGCCAACCCAGGUUAUUUGGAUCCGGAUACAUUUAUCAACCAAUUGUCUAUUUGGUUGGCCCAUACGGAGUAGAGCCUGCUGGAGUCUUAUUAUUAUUUCUUUUGUUAUAGUUAUUCGCUUACGGUUAUUUACCAUUAUGCAGUUGCAUUUGUUUACAGUUUUAGUUAUUGGCUUUGUGGGGGAGAGAUCACUAUGCAUGUAGGAGUGGGACCUCUCUUUAUUUGAAGUGUUUAAAUAGGUGUUUGCAUCCAUGUAAUGGGAGGACAGAAAAUAUAUGAAAAUCAUCUCUUCUGCUAUUCUUAUU